GUCAUAUUGUAGUAUACUACGCUGUAUACUAUAUUGUACAGAUAGGUCUGCAUUAUUGAUGCAAUGUUAUUCGGUAUCCACUGCCCGGGGCCUCUCCUACGUCAAGAUACAUUGCUGUUGGUGCUCGUCGUUUGGUACGAUCGUCCUGUCGGCGCUGAGUGGUUGUGCUAUUCCCGCCCCGGUUCCACCCUCCUGCCUGGACGACAUGCUAGACGGUGGGCCUGUUCGAAACACGGUAUCGAAUCUCAUCCAUAAUUGACUUACAACUUAUCUACUGAGGCUGCUUCGUUGCCCAGGACAAAGGGAAGUUGAACGCAAGGUUGGAUCCGGCGUCCAUGGG